CCCCAACGCUGAAGCUGAAAUCUUGUUGCUUAAUUGCUAACGAUGUUUUUGAAAGCCAGAGUUCUGAGCCAGCGGCACCGUGGUCUCGCUCCGCUAAGCUAAGAGCGCGGGCUCUGGGGCACCCAUCCACCAGAGGUGGUAGGAGACCCAGUCAGUGGUUCCCCUUAACGCGUCUCUAACCUUGUAAGUUACAGCAUCCCGACUGAGAAGCAGAUCCCGGGCUCCCCACGAUCCAUGACACCCCUCCCACUCGCUGGGGACACCACCGCUACUGCGGAGACUUGAGCAGUUUUAUGACUUUCUCCCACUUAAAUGGAAAUUUUUGGAAGGAGGGAAGUGGGUUCAUUUUCUCAGGCUUCUCUGCCGGGAGGAGCCCCAAGGCAGCUCCCUCGCCGCAAAAGAGCUACUUCGGAGUUCUACGCCCUCCCCACACCCCACCCUCGGGGAUGGGAAGGAUGUUCUGUGACUCGCGGGCUUGCUGUCUGAGGCUAGGAUGGAAAGUCACAGCCUGCAGGCUGGAUUGAGUCGCGGGAAGCAGCUGGGUGCUCGCCUGCCUGGAGGUCUCCGGGUGUGUCCAUCCAACUGCGGAGGACUGAUCCCCAGCGCGGGAACCCAAGGGCCGCUGUCCGAAGCGUCGCCCCCGCUGGCUUGCUCCUAGGCUAGCAGCACCUGGAGGGCAGGACGGAGCCACUCCUGCCCACACCCAUCGCGGGAGGAUGGCAGGACCAGGAGCGGCAUAGCGAAGGGAGAAGCCCGGAGACCCGCUCGUCCAGUUUGUUCACCAGGCGCCGGGCGGAUUUCACCCUCCGGACAGCUCCGAGCCCCGGGGAGAAUCGAACCAAAUUCGGCCUGGGAGACCGACUUAGCAUCAGGCUGGUGUUGUGCGCGAGGGGGACAGGGAACAGACAUACUGGAAGCCGGCUGGGCGCGCACACGUGCAAGCGUGUCUCGGGGCACCCCGCACACCCCAGGUCCGGCCCGGGGACGCCCGGGGGGAGGAGGGAGUGGCAGUGGCCGGACUAAGGAAGAGCGAGGGACACCUCUCAAAGUGACGCCCCCAACAGGUCCCGGCUGGGGACUCGGAAGCGGCAGAGACCCGGACCUCCCCGGCUGGCUCGGCGCACCCCGCCGCCCCCGCCCGGAGCCCUCCCGCCCCCGGGGCGCCCCGUCGGCUGCGGGCUCCCUCCUGCAGACCUGCCCGCGCCCAUGAGGCCGCUGUCCCCGCCGCAGGCGCCGGCGCCCCCCUCGCGGUGCCCGUGGUGAUGCCAUGCCCCGCCACCUCGCGGGAGGAGAGGAGGGCGGUGCCGCCGGGCUCUGGGUGAGGAGCGGCGCGGCGGCGGCGGCGGCGGCGGGCGGGGGGCGCCCGGGCAGCGGCAUGAAGGAUGUGGAGUCCGGCCGCGGCAGGGUGCUGCUGAACUCGGCGGCCGCCAGGGGCGACGGCCUGCUGCUGCUCGGCACCCGCGCGGCGGCGCUCGGCGGAGGAGGAGGAGGAGGAGGAGGCGGCGGCGGCGGCCUGAGAGAGAGCCGCCGGGGCAAGCAGGGGGCCCGGAUGAGCCUGCUGGGGAAGCCGCUCUCCUACACCAGCGGCCAGAGCUGUCGGCGCAACGUCAAGUACCGGCGGGUGCAGAACUAUCUGUACAACGUGCUGGAGAGACCCCGCGGCUGGGCGUUCGUCUACCACGCGUUCGUUUUUCUCCUUGUAUUUGGUUGCUUGAUUUUGUCAGUGUUUUCUACCAUCCCUGAGCACACAAAAUUGGCUUCAAGUUGCCUCUUAAUUCUGGAGUUCGUGAUGAUCGUUGUCUUUGGCUUGGAGUUCAUCAUUCGAAUCUGGUCUGCAGGUUGCUGUUGUCGUUAUAGAGGAUGGCAAGGGAGACUGAGGUUUGCUCGAAAGCCUUUCUGUGUUAUAGAUACCAUUGUUCUUAUUGCUUCAAUAGCAGUUGUUUCUGCAAAAACUCAGGGUAAUAUUUUCGCCACGUCAGCGCUCAGAAGUCUCCGGUUCCUACAGAUCCUGCGCAUGGUGCGCAUGGACAGAAGGGGAGGCACUUGGAAGUUGCUGGGCUCCGUGGUUUAUGCUCACAGCAAGGAAUUAAUCACAGCUUGGUACAUAGGAUUCCUGGUCCUUAUUUUUUCAUCUUUCCUUGUCUAUCUGGUGGAAAAAGAUGCCAAUAAAGAGUUCUCUACAUAUGCCGAUGCUCUCUGGUGGGGCACGAUUACACUGACAACCAUUGGCUAUGGAGAUAAAACGCCCCUAACUUGGCUGGGAAGAUUGCUCUCUGCAGGCUUCGCACUCCUUGGCAUUUCUUUCUUUGCACUUCCUGCUGGCAUUCUUGGCUCUGGUUUUGCGUUGAAAGUGCAGGAACAGCACCGCCAGAAACAUUUUGAGAAGAGAAGGAACCCAGCUGCCAACCUCAUUCAGUGCGUUUGGCGUAGUUAUGCAGCUGAUGAGAAAUCUGUUUCCAUUGCCACCUGGAAGCCACACCUGAAGGCCUUGCACACCUGCAGCCCUACCAAGAAAGAACAAGGGGAGGCAUCAAGCAGCUGGGGACAGUGGACACUGCGUCAGAAGCUGAGUUUUAAGGAGCGAGUGCGCAUGGCUAGCCCCCGAGGACAGAGCAUUAAGAGCAGACAAGCAUCCGUAGGUGACAGGAGGUCUCCGAGCACAGACAUCACUGCUGAGGGCAGCCCCACCAAAGUGCAGAAGAGCUGGAGUUUCAACGACCGAACCCGCUUCCGGCCCUCACUGCGCCUCAAGAGUUCACAGCCAAAGCCAGUGAUAGACGCUGACACGGCCCUUGGCACUGAUGAUGUAUAUGAUGAGAAAGGAUGCCAGUGUGAUGUGUCUGUUGAGGACCUCACCCCACCACUUAAAACUGUCAUUCGAGCUAUCAGAAUUAUGAAGUUUCAUGUUGCAAAGAGGAAGUUUAAGGAAACAUUACGUCCAUAUGAUGUAAAAGAUGUCAUUGAACAAUAUUCUGCUGGUCAUCUGGACAUGUUGUGUAGAAUUAAAAGUCUUCAAACACGCGUUGAUCAAAUUCUUGGAAAAGGGCAGAUCACAGCAGAUAAAAAGAGCCGCGAGAAAAUACCAGUGGAACACGAGCCAACGGAUGACCUCAGCAUGCUUGGUCGGGUUGUGAAGGUUGAAAAGCAGGUCCAGUCUAUCGAAUCUAAGCUGGACUGCCUGCUGGACAUCUACCAUCAGGUCCUCCGGAAAGGCUCUGCCUCAGCCCUCACUUUGGCAUCAUUCCAGAUCCCGCCUUUUGAAUGUGAACAGACGUCUGACUAUCAAAGUCCCGUGGACAGCAAAGACCUGUCCAGCUCCGCACAAAACAGCGGCUGCCUAACAAGGUCAGCCAGUGCCAACAUCUCAAGAGGCCUGCAGUUCAUUUUAACGCCAAAUGAGUUCAGUGCUCAGACAUUCUACGCGCUUAGCCCUACUAUGCACAGCCAAGCAACACAGGUGCCAAUGAGUCAAAAUGACGGCUCCUCCUUGGUGGCCACCAAUAACAUUGCAAACCAAAUAAGCGCUGCACCCAAGCCUGCAGCCCCAACAACUUUACAGAUCCCACCUCCUCUCCCAGCCAUCAAGCACCUGUCCAGGCCUGAGACUCUGCACCCCAACCCCACCGGCUUACAAGAGAGUAUUUCUGAUGUCACCACCUGCCUUGUUGCCUCCAAGGAAAAUGUUCCGUUUGCACAGUCAAAUCUCACCAAGGACCGUUCCCUGAGGAAAAGUUUUGACAUGGGAGGAGAAACCCUGUUGUCUGUUCGCCCCAUGGUGCCCAAGGACUUGGGCAAAUCUUUGUCUGUACAAAACCUAAUCAGAUCAACAGAGGAACUGAACCUACAGUUCUCAGGCAGUGAGUCCAGUGGCUCCAGAGGGAGCCAAGAUUUUUAUCCCAAGUGGAGAGAAUCCAAAUUGUUUAUAACUGAUGAAGAAGUGGGUGCUGAAGAGACAGAGACAGAUACUUUUGAUGGUGCCCCACAGCCUGCGGGGGAAGCUGCUUUUACAUCAGACUCUCUAAGGACUGGAAGGUCACGGUCAUCUCAGAACAUUUAUAAGACAGGAGACAGUACGGAUGCCCUCAGUUUGCCUCACGUCAAACUGAACUAAGUUCUUUGUUUUCUUUCUAGGCAUAGCUGUUCUUUUAGCCAUACAUAUCACUGCAUGAACUGUUCUGAAAGCCCUUCUUAAAAAAAAAAAAAAAAAAAAAAGUCGAAGUCGCAAGAAGCAGGAAGAACAUGAAAGGCCACUUAUAAGCCCGUUAUCUUUUAAUUGCAUGAAAAUGCAUGUUUAGGGAUGGCAGAAAUUCCAAGGUACAUCGACAUUAACCCAUGCAUUUAAUAAAGUACCUUGAGUCUAAAAUCCCAAGCAAACAGUCGCUGCUGAUGCUAAUGGGGCGUGUGAAGACGUCGGGAUUAGUUCAAUUGCAAGAGUUGACACUGUAUUUUGAAAUUGUGAGAGUAAACACCUUCAAAUUUCAGGCAUCUCUGCUUUAUGACUAGGUACAAAGUACAUUUUUCAAAACUAGGCCAUAAUAUAUGUUUAGACACUGUAGCUAUCAACAGCUGCUAAUAACACAAGUAAAGCAGAAUUUGGAAUACAGCAGAAAUGGCUGCUUAUUUCAAGAUUUGCCAACCCAUUCCUCCUCAGUCUUUUCAUUAACGUAAUCCGAAUGUCAAUCUGUAUGCUUUUGGUGACUUAGCGCAGUGGCAAGCAAUUUUGCACAUUGUUUUCAUGUUGUCCUUUAUGCUGAGAAUGUUUUCCAAUUAGAAAACUGGCAGAUAAUGUUAUUCAGGGCCCGUGCGACAGGAGACUCACUCUUCCUUUGACAUCUCCAACUUCAUGAAAAACACAAGUCUCUAACAAAGGAGUCAACUCUAUAAAUGGUCAACCUUUUUACAAGCAUAGGAAAUACUGACAGACUUAACAGCCUGUGAAACUGGGUGGGUCUCUUGGUGAGGAUGCAACCACAGGUCUGCCCAUCCUGUCCACUCAAAUGGCCAGUGUGACCAGUUAUUCCCAUCCAGCAGACAUACAGGUAGGGGAAGGGGCUGUUGACUUGAGCCUGGAGGGAAAGACUACACAUUUACAACAGUGGGUGACAUUAAAGGAAAUGACUCCUCACCCCCAAUGCGCAAUAGGAGAGAAGCCUAAAUAAAAUAACUAGAUUUUUUUUUAGAAAAUAAAUAUUGCUAGAAUAUUCAACUACCUAAACACCCCUUAUUCUUGUAUAACAGAGAAUUUUGCAAGCUAUUUAUUUUUAAUAUGCCCUGAAUGUCUUUUGCUAUUAUGUAGUACAUUUUGCAUAUGAAAGGCUAGAACUAAACUUCCUUUACUUUUCUACUAUAGUGACAUUUUUUCUAUUCUUCCCAACAAUAUUAUCUCAAAUGUGAAGUUAUUGGCUCAGCUUCCAGGUGAUGAACCUUUAUAAUUAAAAAACAGAUACCACUGGAUGUGUUUCUAGAUCAAAACUCCUUAGUAAUAUAUGAUGAUGGAAAAGAAACAAAUAAAAAUAUUUAUUAAAAAUGUAUUUCUCAAAAGGCAAGCAAUACUGGCCACUUGUUAGAAUUCAGCCCCACACCUGUAAUCACAGAGCUAGGGAGACUGAAAUGGGGGAUCAUGAGUUCACUGAUCAUGAUCCUGAAUUAUACAGCAAGACUGUGUCUCAAAAGAGAGAGAGAACUAAGUAUCUUAAACCAUCAGAAUAUUGAACAAAGUAAUAACAUUCAAAGAGGCUUGGAGAGCAUAGCUUGUGUGCACACCUGUAACCCACUGUUUGGGAGGUGAAGACAGGAGGUUCAGGAGUCCAAAGCCAACCCUGGCCAUGUGAAACCCAGUAUCAAAUAAUUUUUAAGAAAGAAAGAAAGAAAGAAAGAAAGAAAGAAAGAAAGAAAGAAGGAAGGAAGGAAGGAAGGAAGGAAGGAAGGAAGGAAGGAAGGAAGGAAGGAAAGAAGGAAAGAAGGAAAGAAAGAAAGAAAAGGCUGAAUGAAGACCAAAAACUGCCAUUUAAAUUAUCCAUGCUUUAAGGACUGAUGGAUUCCUAAGAGAAGAGAUUUUUGAGGUUUUUUGUUUGUUUGUUUUUGUUUUUUCUAUUUGUGCUGAAAGGUAGGGUGCCUUUUCAGCCUCUUUAUAGUCCAGGACAAAUGAGCAGAAUCUAAGGAGGUUGGGUGUUUGAGGGAAAGAGGCCUCCAAAUCCCCUGACCCUUCCCACACCUCACCCCAGCAGAAUGUUUUCUCGAGUCACCCUUACUUUUCUUUCACCUUAAUUGUUUGGUGACUCCACAGCAUAGUUUUGCUUUAGAACAUCAACCAGGCUUUAACCAGCCUCCACCCUCAAGCAAACCAAUUCUCUCUUCCUUAAAUGGACUUCCCAUCCUUUAAACAAUUUGUCACGCUUGGCAAACAGUGAAAUGUUAAAAAGUGUUCCUCAUUCUCACCCACCCCUCUUGGAUGCAUGCAGGGUGUGGUCCCACAGAAACCUCUAAUCCCAAGGACCUGAGAGGCUGAGGGAAGUGGGUCUUUGUGAGCUCAAGACCAGCCUAGUCUACAAAGUGUGUUCUGGACCAGCCAGGGUAACAGACCACACACCCCCCAACUAACACACACACACACACACACAAAACAAACAUGUAAACAAAAAAAAAGGACAAACAAAAACUUGGAUCCUCAUACAGUCUCCUACAAUUACAGCUUUCGUCAUCUUUUGGACAAUGGAAAUACUUGUAAAGUCUGAAUUUCACACUCCACGAAAUGUUUGUCAAGGCUUUAAAGCUAUUCUUUUCUUUUUCCAAACAGGCUAGUCAGUUAUUAAAUGACUUUUUUAUUUAUCUAUGUCUCCAAACAACCUGAAGUAAUGAUGUACCCUCCAAAGAUACAUGUGUGUGUCUGCACACAAUACAUCCCUCCACUGAGCAAAAGCCAGAGAUACCUACCCAGCACUGAACAAGGCUCACUCCACAUACUGAGGAAGAGGAGGGAGCUGACAGCUUCCAGACAGCACUGAUACUGUCUCAGGUUGAACCCCACUGGCAGCAAGAAUGGUGAAUGUAUUGGGGACCCCUUCUGAGGCAUCCUCAGGCCUCAAAUGCAGUAGAGUUCAUCUAACAUAGCUGAAGACUGACUAUUCAGAGACAAAGCCUAAACACUCACUGCCUUCUUAAGCAUAGCAAAAUGUGAAAAAUGUCUGUACAUUGAAGCCAUGACCAUUUUGUGUCUAUUUUAUGCUAGCACAAAAACUAUCAGAUGUUGAGAGAUAGGUUCUUGGUGUGUAAACUUCAGGGUUAUGUCUAUUAUGUCAUUCUUUGGGAGGGGGGAAUGGUGGAGGGGGUCUCCCAUUUACACUUAGCAGAGACCCAUUGUUCCACUCCAAAGGGUGUCUGGGAGCACAGUUUAGCUGAGCACACUGAGUAGCCUUGUGCUUUCUCAGCUCAAGUCCAUCUGCCUUCCGAAAUACAUAAGGUUGAUAGCGCUAACAUGAAACAGCAAUUAUCCCAUGUAGGAGGUUAUCUAAAAUAUUUUGCCAUGUCUAAUCUAAACAUUUGCAUUUUGUUGAACCAAAUUAAUAUCUUGUAGGUGGCAAGUUCAUUUAAAUUAAAUGCUUUAUUGGGUCUUUUAAGUACUUAGCUUUUGUUCUUUAGGUGCCUUUCUGAUCUCCCCUAGCUCAAUUAUGCUCCCUUCCCCCCAAAAAAGGUUCUUAAUCUGAAAGCCAGACAAGUGUAAUAGAGGAGCUACAAACCAGCUGAGUAACUGGCAUUUCCAGAGCAAAACUGUAAAGAAUGAUGAGAUCCAGGCAACAGAUCAUUCAGUCAGAUCAAGGAAAUAUCAUCAAUUCUAACUCCCCAGAACCUGAUUUUUUUUUUUUUGCCUUAAAUGACAUGGUUGUGUUUUUUAAGAAAAUUUUAAUUUAAUAUAAUUAUGUACAUUUAUGUGAGCAGUUCCAGAAGUCAUGUACGAAAACAAUGCAAUUGUCUGUUUCCUGAAAACAACUAAAUCAGGAAUAUCAUACCCAUUUCAAGCUAUCGUUAAAAUGUAAUUUCCUUUGCUCUUUUACUGAGAUUUGUUUUAAACUAAAACAUUAAAAAAGAUGUCUAUAAACA